CGCGAUGGAUUACGUUGACGUCGCGGAUUAAAAUGAAGAGUCUACAUGACCGCCCUCGCCACACGUGCGACGCGCGAAGAACACUCUUCGCUAUCCGAAAACAAACGCGUCCCGGGUUUUUCCGAUUCUGUUGAUGUUAUUGUAGCCCGGUAUCGUUUUAUUUUCUUCUUCGAGGUUACCCUGGAUGUGUACACCGCGGCAUGACAACACAGUGACCGACACCCCUCCCGGAUCCUCUCAAAGCUUCUCCAGAACCUUCUAGGACGGAAUGAAGGGCCAGGCUGACGCACCGCGGGACCGAGGAGGUCUGGUGGGCAUCAUCUUCUUCAUCCUGGGCUUGGGAACACUGUUGCCAUGGAACUUCUUCAUGACCGCCUCCAUGUAUUUCCAGGGCCGCCUGAACACGACAGAGUGGAGUGACGGGGAGGUGGUGGUCCGCAAGGAGUACUACUUCAACAACUGGAUGACCCUGCUCUCCCAGCUGCCCCUGCUGCUCUUCACCCUGCUCAACUCCAUCCUUUACCAGAGGAUAUCGGAGGCGGUGCGGAUCGCGGGCAGCUUUGUGGCCAUCCUCUUCUUCUUCGUCUUCACAGCCAUCCUGGUCAAGGUGGACAUGGGGAUGGACCGCUUCUUCUCCGUCACCAUGGCCACCAUAUGGUUCAUCAACUCGUUCGGGGCGGUGGUGCAGGGCAGUCUGUUCGGCCUGGUGGGCCAGAUGCCCCCGAAGUACAGCGGCUUCUUCAUGAGCGGCCAGGGGCUCGCCGGCACCUUCGCCGCGCUCGCCAUGAUCUUCGCCAUCGCAAGUGAAGCAGACUCGGAGACGGCGGCGCUGGGCUACUUCAUCACUCCCUGCAUCGGGACGCUGGUCACCCUCCUCAGCUACGUGCUCCUGCCGCGCCUGGAGUUUGCCCAGCACUAUCUGAACAGAAGUGGACGAUACGAGACGGACACCAGCCAUGAACUACUGGGCGAGAGCAGUUUGACGGAGAAGAGCAAGCUAAAUGCUAACGGCGGCGUGCAGGCCAACGGCGCCGCGGUGGAGGACCCGGGAGCCUCCCUGGAGACCAACAUGGUCCCGGUCGUGGAGCCCACCAAGCAGGCCACCGUGACCCUGGACGAGGGCCGGACCGACCCCACGAAGGCCUCCGUCAUGGAGGUCUUCAAAAAGAUCUGGGUGAUGGCGUUCUGCGUGACGUUUGUCUUCACCGUGACGCUGUCCGUGUUCCCCGCGGUCGCCGCUGACGUCAGGACAUACUCACCCGAGGGCACCUGGGAGCGCUACUUCCUGUCUGUGUGCUGCUUCCUGGUGUUCAAUGUCAACGACUGGCUGGGCCGUACCGUCACCACGUGGGUGCACUGGCCGCGUAAGGACUCAGUGGUGUUCCCGGUGCUGGUGGGCUGCAGGGUGGUGUUCGUGCCGCUGAUCAUGCUGUGCAACGUCCAGAGCCGCUGGCUGCUGCCCGUCUACUUCCCCCACGACGCUGCCUUUGCCGUCAUCAUGGCGCUGUUCGCCUUCUCCAGCGGAUACUUUGUGUGCCUCUCCAUGACCUACGCACCGCAGAUGGUGGCAGCGAAGGACGCAGAGACGGCCGGGGCCCUCAUGACCUUCUUCCUGGCCCUCGGGCUCUCAUGCGGAGCCGCCCUGUCCUUCGCUCUGAGAGCCCUGGUCUAACACACACACGCACACGCACACACACACACACACACACACAGUAUUAAUACUGUGAACCCAUCACACACACACACACACACACACACACACACACACACACACACACACACACACGCACGCACGCACGCGCGCGCGCGCGCGCGCGCGCGCGCACACACACCGUAUUAAUUAGGGAUGGGAAUCGAGAACCGGUUCUUGUUCAGAACCGGUGCCGAGUCAACCGAUGCCUUGGAAUCAUUAGCAAGCCUUCUUAACGAUUCCGCUUAUCGGUUCCGGUCGCGGCAAAUGCGUCAUGACGUCACACACACGCGGCUUUGUUUUGGUUCAGAACGCAGCAAACAUGGCGCCGCCGAAGAAGAAGCGCAUUGUGCGUUCACACCAAACGCGACGGGGCGACAAGAUCCCAUACAAAGUGUACGACGCGAAUCGGGCGAAUUUUUCGCGAGAGAAAACCGGCGACAAGUUUUGAUUGUCGCGCCACACUUCCGCUGUGCACAGGGAGCGCGUUCAUGAGGAUCUGUGCCGCGAUAAAUUCGCUCAAGUUUAAAUAUUUUUCAACUUUGAAGCGAAUUUUGUGUGAUGACAGCCAAUCAGCGUUCAACCGUCGAACUCCGGGGUGAACUGCAGCAUGGAGGAGAAAGUGAUUGUUGCCGUUUGCGACUCCCGGAGCUCUAUAUAUAAUAGUAUAUAUAAUAUAUUAUAAUUGUAUAUAUAAUAUCACGGCCAACAGCUCUGUGCGCCUCCGGAUGGCCGUAGCGUGGGGAGCUCUCAUAGGGAUUAGGCUUCUCGGGGUAUGUUUACCGGCAUUGCUAUGGUUUCCGGUCUUGUGUGUUCCAACGGUUUAUUAGGUUUAUUAGGCUGUUUUCAGUCUGUGUUUUUAGUUUUAUGGCACAUAAUGAUGGCAUUUGGGCUUAAAAAGCUAAUUUAAUACAAACAAAGCCAUUUGCCAUUUGUACUUAUUUUCUCACCCAAUGAGAAUCGACAAGGAAUCGGAUCGAUAAGCAGAAUCGGAAUCGUGAAAUUCUUAUCAAUCCCCAUCCCUAGUAUUAAUACUGUGAACCCAUUACACACACACACACACACACACACACACACACACACACACACACACACACACACACACACACACACACACACACACACACACACACACACACACACACGUGUGCUUGUGGUUUUUAGGGAUUUUGGAUU